UAUCAUUGUUAUUGUAUUCAUGUUAACUUUUACUAUUUCUUCAUUACAGUCUCGUCAGCAGUCUUUGUUUCUACAUGUUUCUGAAUUUAACAGAUCGACUUUUUAUUUACAGGGAUUUUUUAUUUUCAUUGUAUAUUGUGUGUUAAAUGCAGAGAUUCGUAGUGAAAUUCAUAGACUACGGAAAACGUGGAAGAUGGAGAGAGAGCUGGAUUCUAAACGAUCUCCACAGAAUAACUUAACUGACAAUCUAAGGUGACCUCGAUCUCGUAUUCAGAUUCGUAAUCCCUGAAAAUGUUAUCAUGUGAUUUGUGAAAUUAAGUGUCGACUGCAUGCAAACAGACAUAAUUUGACCCAUUUUAUCGAAUGAGUUUUCAUUUAAAUAUCAAAAUUGCUUGCUUUUUUUUCUUUCUCAAAGCAAGUAUUUAAUAGAACAUCAUUUCAUAUCACACAAACUGAAAAUACGCCAACCACUCGCGCUGUCUCUUUUAUAAAAUAAUUUGCAUAUAGAUAACGUAUUUGUACAUUGUAUACACAAUAUAUAUAAACAUAUUAAAACGAUCAUAUUAUGUUUACGUAAAGAAAUACGUGGUAUGAGAAAUUUAUGAUGGUUCGUAUGCAGUAAAUAAAACGCCCACUUUCCGCAACUUUACGCAUGAGUUCAUCGUAGACAAUACAGCAUUCACUAAAAAUUGUUCAAUUCCGUGUAUGAUAUCGAUCUAUCUUUGUUUACAAAAGUGCUUUUAUUCUGGAAGAGAGACUUGUGCUUACCGAUUUUACUAAAGUGCUUUCGUUCAGGAAGAGAGACUUGUCAGUUGCAAGACUUGUAUUAUCUUCUGUUUUUAGAAUUAAAAGGUACUAUUUUUAUAUCGUGAACAAAUUAUAGAGAAAUACUUUGAUAUUAUAUGAAGUAACUCCAUUAAGUAAUUGAGUCGUUUAUAAUUGUUGAUAUACGAGAUGAUAUGGAGUCGGUGUAAUGAAAAAAGUAUUCAGUGCUGAGUUCAGCUUUAUAUAGAGAACAUUAAAUUAUCAACGGAUCUUCGUUAAGGCAGGAUAUUGAGAAAGAAAGCUGGUGGUUGCUGUAACAAAGUUUGAAAUUGUCACUUCAAUGCAUAGAAUAUCAUGCAUCCUUUCAACUUUAAAUUUUUCUUUCGUGGACUUUCAAUCCUUGUAUUGGUGAUGUUAUUUGGAAUUAUUAAGAGUAAAGAAUCAAGUGACACGUGUUUUCGACUAAAGUACAGUAAAUCUAGAGAGUUUAGAAGGUUAUCUGUCCUUAAUGUGUCAUGUUCAGCUGUUACGGUCAUUGAACUAUAUACUAACAAGAAACGUUGUACGUGUCGUACUUUUAAGCCUGGAACAAUUAUUGAAAACAUUAGGCAGUGUAGUUCGUUGAAGUAUACCAUCACAAUAUCCACAAAUGAACCUCUGGGAACCAACUGCUCAUUUAGAAGACCUCGGAAUUCGCGCUGGAUUGUUCUCUUAGUAGUCCCUCCUUUGAAUGUUAAUCAAUCAAUUGAUAUGAUCUCUCAAUCUUUCACAAAAUCAUCCAAGUUAUAUGUAAAGUCUUCCGUCGCAAAGUUCAUUCGUGCUACCAGAUCAACAUCUGUGAUUGGUCAAAUCUCUGUGACGUCAUUAACUUUGCUCAAUGCAACGAUGAGUGGGACACUAGCCUCAAUGAAUACGUCACUUGGUGAAUUUACGUUGUCAAGCACGUCACCUCUGGUAUCCUUGACACCAUUGUUGUCUGAAGAAUCAUCUAUUUAUACUUCAGUAAUAACUGCCAUAAAAAAUACUGGGACCUCCAGUAUCAUAGAAGAAUCAUCACAGACAUCUUCAUUCAUUAAAUCAACAAACCUUAUCUCUUCAUUCAUUUCUACGACUGUGAAACCUACACCAACUUUGUCAUCUCCAUCAACUUUAAGUUCCGUCGUUCAGGUUAAUGAAACAUGGUCUUCUUAUACUUCUGUGACUUCUUCUUUAACAGUUCCAUUACAAACAUCUUCAUUCAUUAAAACAACAAACUUUAUAUCUUCAUUCAUUUCUACGACUGUGAAACCUACACCAACUUUGUCAUCUUCGUUAACUUUGAGCUCCAUCGUUCAAGUUAAUGAAACAUGGUCUUCUUAUACUUCUGUGACUUCUUCUUUAACAGAUCCAUUACAAACAUCUUCAUUCAUUAAAACAACAAACUUUAUAUCUUCAUUCAUUUCUACGACUGUGAAACCUACACCAACUUUGUCAUCUUCGUUAACUUUGAGCUCCAUCGUUCAGGUUAAUGAAACAUGGCCUUCUUAUACUUUUGUGACUUCUUCUUUAACAGUUCCAUUACAAACAUCUUCAUUCAUUAAAACAACAAACUUUAUAUCUUCAUUCAUUUCUACGGCUGUUAAAUCCACACCAACUUUGUCAUCUUCGUCAUCUUUGAGCUCCAUCGUACAAAUGACUGACAUGAAAAAAUUGCAAGAAGAUUACAAUUUUCUUGAAAAUCUCAACACGUCUGAAGUUAACAUAAAUGACGAUAAAAGAAUCACAUCUAUCUUGGAUGCAGCUGCGAAUUUGAUUGCUACAAAUUCUACGUUUCAAGAGGAUGCAGGAGGAAAAGCAGUGGAAACAUUAGAAAAACUUGGGGAUUUUUUGGCACUGCAACUUGUUCUUGGAAACGAAAGCUUUGUUAUUAAUGAGAAAGUCACGAAAGAUUUGGUAUUCGGUGUUGCAGUUAUCAAUACAUCUUUUGAGAUAAACUUUAAGUUUCCCAUCACUGAAAUGAAAGAACUUGGUGAUGAUAACAUAAAUAUUCCAAACUCUGUGUUUGGGUCUGAGUCAGAUCAAUCCUACUUUGUUGGAAUCAUUUUCAAAGCUUAUCGUGAAAUGCGUGAAAACACAAAAGGUUCAACUGUAGGAACGAAAGUUAUAAAUGCCAGAGUGUCGCCAUCACCGAGUGCCAAUCUUGUUGAACCUGUUGAAAUGUUGUUUGAAAAAAUUAAUAUGAACUAUGGUACGAUUUGUUCAUUUUGGAUUGAAAAUGAAAACUUGAUUGGUGAUUAUGGCAGAUGGUCUAGUCGAAAUUGCUCAAGAAAAUAUGAAAACGAUACACAUAUUCUUUGUCAAUGUAAUCAUUUUACAAAUUUUGCUGUACUUUUCAGAGUCAGUGAUGACCAGGAUUCAUUUACUUUGUCUAUUAUAACUUACGUUGGUCUUGGUUUUUCGAUUGUCGGAUGUUUUUUAACUUUUCUUGUUUAUAUGAACUUGAAGAGCGUAAAAACAGAGAGAGUGACAGUUCAUAUAAAUCUUGUUUUCGCACUUGGUCUUGCUGAUGUCAUUUUUCUAGUGACUAUUGCUUUAAAACCAGACGGGAACUAUUGUCUAGCAGCAUCCAUGUUGGCAUUUUAUUUCUACCUUGCCGUAUUUUUUUGGAUGUUGGUCGAAGGUGUUUAUAUAUAUUUGAUGGUCGUUGAAGUCUUUCGUGGUAACGUCACCAGAAAAAGGAAAAUUGCUUACCUAGUAGGGUGGGUAUUACCGCUGUGCAUAUCUCUUGCAACAUGGGCUAUAAUGAGAGACGAUCUUCUUUCAGAAUAUCAUUGUUGGCUGUCUGUGAAAACAGGAGCGAUUUGGUUCUUUGUUGCUCCCAGUUUGGCAAUUAUAUUUAUCAACUUUAUUAUUCUUACAAUUGUAAUAAAGAAAUCUUGGACUAAAUUUGUGAAUGACAAAGAACAUAAUGGAUUGAAGUCAGCAAUGAAAACAUUUGCUGCAAUCAUUCCACUGUUGGGGAUAACGUGGAUAUUUGGUGUUAUGACGUUCAACGAAUCAUCUCUGGUUUUUCAAUAUAUUUUUGCUGCUACAAAUUCCGUUCAGGGAGCUUUAAUAUUUUUCCUCUAUUGCAUUGUUAAUAAUGAGGUUCGAAAUGAAUUGAAGCGAAAGUUUGCAAACUGGCAAACACGUCGUGAAGUGUCGUCGUCAAACGGUGGUGGUCGUAUGUACAACGUGCGACGUCACAAUGACCCAAUUUCGUCAGAGAAUAACACUACAUUUAAUCGGACAACAUCAUCUGGGCGAGUUCCCGCCAGUGUUCCUGUUUAUCAAUUAGCAGUUGUAAAUAAAACGGGAAACUGAAGACAUUAAAUCAACCAGGAGAAUUAGUGAACCUGCAGAAGGUUGUAUAUGAAAGCGAUAUCGAAAUAAAAGGCUUUGAAAAGUAGACAUGCCAUAAAAUUAUUGGAAAGAAUCUUCAUCUUAAAAGUGAGAAAGAAUUAGUCAUGAACAUUGAGACGUUCUUAUAGGUGAGCUGGAAAGACUUGAGACGAAUGUGUACGGUACUUGGUAGAUCAUCGUAAUUGUUCUUUGUAAUAUCCUCUUGUUUUCUAGGUUUGAUUUUAGUCUUAUGAUUGAGACUUAUUUUGAACUUAUUAUACAUUGUAAAGUGUAUAGUUAUUUGUAUAUAGGAUAUUUGUUGAAGACUAACACCAAUGACAUUUUCAUCGUUCUCACUUCAACUUAAGUUGUUUGUUCCUGCUCAUAGUAGCAAUUGUUAAACAGAUUUGAAGAAAACUGAAAAUAUUUUAAUUACUAAUCCAUGAUAUUUAGUAUUUAACCGAUAGUUGACAAAUAAAUAAAUUUUAAAUCAAAA